CCAUUUCAAAAUGCUUAAAAGUACCCCAUCUCAAGGUACAUGUUUUAUUAAGAAUUAGCACUGGUUCCCAAGAUCUAUAGAUUACAUUAAAUAAAGUCUGUUCAUAAUGAUUCCAGAGUCUAUGGUUAUGUCUCUCUUUUCUUUUUUCUUUUACUAAAAGCAUGAGAGUCUGUAUGAAAUACGCCAAAAAUAGACUUAAUUCAGUAUUCUGUUUUCUGCUAGCUGUCUGUGGGAAUACCACAAGAAAGCUAAUGAGGGCAACCAUCUUCUUUUUCUAAAUCCACUGUCUUAAAAUUAUAUUUGGCAACAUACUAUCUCGAAACAUGGCUCAAAAUAGCUCAAGCCCUCUGAUAGACUGUUUCCCAGGAGUUAGAAAACUAGCCAAUAGUCAUCUUGAUAUUGUGUGGCAGCAAAUUCAUUACACUUACCAAACAAUUUCAUCAAGAAAUAGCUGGCUGCCUGAUCUUCCUCCAGUCUGCACCACUGUUACCACAGCCUUGCUGAUAUUGAGAGGAUAGACAGGAGGUCAAAGCCAGAGAUGGACUGUGCAAGCAAAGAUCAAGAGAGCUGCAGUAAUAGUGAUAAGAGCUCAGAGAGAGAAAAAGCAAUGAAAAUGGAGUGUUUGUUGAAGAAGGUGCUAGUAGAAAACCAACAGUUGAAAAAUGCUGUUGUCUUCCUGAAGCAGCAGAAUAAGGAAAAAGAUAACAGUGUGGAUGACUGCAAGAGGUCCAAGGAUAAACUUGUCUCUGAAAUUGGGACUCUCUUGACUGAAAUUGCAUUUCUCAAGGAAGUACGAGAACAACUGAGAUUUAAGGACCCUGAAUCCAGGAAAGAAACUACUAAGGCUCUUACUGAAACCAUCCAGGCCAAGCUGGAAGUAGCUCAUGCUAAAAUAGAGGCUGCAGAGGCUAAGAAAGAAACCUUAGAAGCUCAGAAGAUAGCUGAAGAAGCUAAAGAAUCAGCGGAAGCAGCUCAGGCUCGGGAGGACAACCUACUGUCCUAUGUCUCCAAAGUUGCCAGUUUGGCCUACCAGCAAGCUGCAGAGGCAGAAUAUGAUUGUGCCCAAGCUCGGAAAGCCAUGGCAGUAGCAGAGGCCGUUCAAGUGGCUGCCUUCACUGAUGGCAGAGUUCGCCGGAACAACAAGGAAAAGUAUCCUCGAAGCCAUCGGAGUCAUGGGGAAUGCCGGUGUCAUCAUCAUCACCACCACCACCAUCAUCAUGGCCAACAUGAGCGCCACAGUGAUUAUGAGACCCAAAGUGAUCUCAUCCACUCUGAACCAGAGACUCUGAGUAGCACCCGAUAAAGCAGGGAAGAAGGAAGCAGGGCUGGGUGGGAUGGCUUGAUAGUUAAUGUCAUUUGAGGAAGC